AUGGCACCUAUUAAAAGAAGAUUCAUUUUGCUCACUACAAAAGUUGCAAAAACAGUUGUGCAGAUGAUCAACAGAUCGUCAUUUGCUGUGCAUGACUACAAAAUUACCUUACAUGUAAAUGGUGCAUCUAAUAUUCACUACAGGUCUGCAUAA